AUGCUGCAAUUGGUGCUGUUGUUCCUGGCCGGGGACGUCGCAGUCUCCUCCGACUCUUUCGACUCUUCCAACUCCCACAUAGUUCAGCCAUCAGAACUCAGAACACCAAACUGUGAUCAUUAUGACUACCCAGCAUGCCCCAGGAACCUGAGCCCCGUGUGUGGAAGCGACAUGAACACUUAUGGGAAUGAAUGUACUCUGUGCAUGAAGAUUAGGGAGGAUGGUAACCCUCUUAAAAUCAUCAAAGACUCGCCUUGCUGA